ACUAGCACGGACCAGAUUGGAAAUUGACCCAAUUCCAUAAGGGGAGGGAGUGAGAGGUAGAAGCAGACAUGGAUGGAUGGCGCGCGCAUAAACUAGGCAUGCGCCACUGCCAUAAGGGGAGGGAGUGAGAGGUACAUCGAUCCGCCCAUGCGCCACUGCCAACAACAACGAACGAACGAACGACCUCACACACUUUGGCAACAAGGCAAGAAGAUGAUGUACGCCCACUCGCCGCCGGCCUUCGACCUCUCCUCCUCCGCUGCUCCUACACCACCACCACCGCCUCUUCCUCUUCCUCUUCCUCUUCUACAUGAAGUCUUCAUCAAAAUCAAUCACACACACAAGCUGCCGUUGGAUGUACGACAGGUUCAAUUCAAGGGAAACAAGGGGCAGCCAUCCUUGAUACCAGAGUAUGACCUUGGAGGAGAAUGGGACCUGUUCAAGGCUCCAGAGCCCAUAAUUGAAGAACCGCUGCUUACCCUCGACUCGGUUGCGGCUGCCAUCUCGAUAAUGUCCUGCUAUGAGAAUACAAUGGAUGACACCAUCCAGGUUUCAGACAUGGGUUUGAGUAAAGUGAUGUACGAGUGCGAGAAGGAGCUCAUGGAGAAGUCGGUGAUCGAAGAGACGAUAUCCGAACUUCUAGAUGCCAUCCCUAUGUUACAAGUUGACAAGGUCCCCGGAGAACUCAGGGCAUCACCUUUGGCCGGUGAAUGCUCACUCCAGAAGAGUGUUAGCUCUGAAUGCCUCAACUCGGCUGAUUGGAUGAAUGGGCCAGUGAGGCCAAAUUUCUUGGAUUUCCAAGGGCUCGACUUCGAGGCGGCAUUCAGGCUGAGGAAGAAAUGGAAUUUUGGUGCCAAUACCCCUCGGCUUGUAACCACCAGUGACCUGAAAACUGAGGAAAGGAAGCAGAGGCUCUCCAGGUAUAGGAUGAAGAAGUUCAAGAGAAACUUUGGCAGAAAGAUCAAGUAUGCUUGCAGGAAGGCUAUGGCAGACAGCCAGCCAAGAACGCGAGGGAGGUUCUCCAAGAUGCACCCUGGCGACAUGCUCAAGCCAAGAAAGUAAAAUCAUGGGAAGACCGCCGAGGUUGCUGCGAAGCUGAUGAGGAAGACAAGGUUGUUGCAAAGAAUUAUGCUACUACUGAGCUACCAGUAAAGCUUGUCGUCGUCUAGAUUCUUCUAGGUGAGGCUACAAUUUCUGUUGCGCCGCGCCGCGCUGCCCCGUCGGAAUUAAUUUUAGUCACUACAUCAAUCUUCUACUCCUUGUGGAAUUUCUAUUUCACACAUUCCUCCGUAAUAGUAAUAAUAUGAUCCUUGCGCUGCAAGAGAGUGGAGAGCCCUUGCUAGGGAGGCUGCUCUCUGUGUACAAAGGCGACUUUUUAAGUCAUCAAAGAUGCAAUUUUCACCGCUGUUUCUAAUUUUUUUUUACACAAAGUCGUACUUGUAACAAUACUAAGAAACUAUCCCUGAUAUACAGAUAUAUAGAUACAAUAUAGAUGGUUUUAAAUCUA